GCGCAAGACCGGAAGCGCGGUAAUUUCGAAGGAAAAAGUAAACAAACCUUUUGCUGUCGAUUUUGGCAAAUUGACACAUUAUUCUGUGAAAAUAUGCAAUUUAUUUAUUGAUCGCCACAGCUGCCUUAUGGCCAGUAUUGACUAUUUUAAAAACCAAACUGCCUGGUUCUCUAGUAGCGUCCCAGCCACCAGGAAAGACCUGUGGGUAAAUCAUGGUGGCACACUUGCAAAUGAGAAUGAUGCCCUCUUCCUGUUCAGUGAUAAGGCAGACUCUGACGAUACAAAAAGGCUGUAUAACAGUGACGCAUAUCUGAUUGACCAAUUAGCAGUGUUUCAUGCUAGUUAUGUAAAUGAAUGUGUUCGUAAGAGGGGGAUGAACAAUGUCAUAUUGGGACGAUAUUUUCUACCACCUUCUGAGGUACAUGAAAUUAUUAGACAGCAGACCAGAUUCCCAUGGGAUGUUGAGGACACCACAUCUAUUGUUCAGGAAAGUACAAGCAAUGUGAGAACACCAUCAUCUACCAGAAAACAAAAACAAACUACAAGUUCCCAAAGACAAUCCUCCCCAAAGCACAAAACACCCCUAAAUAAACAACAUUCACAAAGAAAACAAAAUCAAACAAAACAAAGGAAACAACAUGAAAAUGAGGGACAUAGAAAUACUGCACCAACAUUUGAUAUUCCGCAAGAAUUCUCACCUUCUGUAAGGUUAAAACGCUUGGCACCCGACUCUGUUGAAUCAGCUCGAUUGUCUUCCUUACUGGUGUCUCAUGACCAGCCAAAUGUUAAUUCUGGAUCUACUCCCUCUACAGUAAAACGAAGAUCUCAGAGUCAAGAAACACCCAGGUCGACAUCACACCAGCAACCAAGGGCGAGAUCUCAAGAUGAUAGACCACCAAGUAAUUCAAAAAGCCAAAAGAGAACUCAAGUUCACGAAAGAGCUUCAUCUGAUGGGGUUAAGAGAAAGAAUGCAAGGAGUGCCUCCUCAAGAAAAGAACAUCCCAUUUGGGGAUUGUUUAAUCCUGCAGAUGUCAGAGAUAUUGAAGAUUUGCCUUAUGUCAGGCUGGAAGAUAUAAUUGACUUUACACCAGGACAAAAUGGUUGUGAAGUGAUGAUAGCAACCUCUUAGUCAGUCUUUGGACACUAUUCUGGAAUGGAAUGGACAUGAAUCAGGGCCAUUGUAAUUUGGAGAUACCGAUUGAUAAAUUCAGUUGUCCAUAGGCAAUAGUCAAACUUUAAUUGUACUCUCUAUUGGACUGUUUCAUAUAUUAGUUUUUAGGUAAAAUUGGUCAAUAUACUGUUCAAGGAGUACAUUACCAGAUUUCCUGAAGAAUUUGUAAAGAUACAAAAUUCAUAAUUUUAUUAGUCCCUUUAUUGUUAUAGUCUUCAACUUUUU